AUACUAAUGAAUGUACAUCAUCUGACAAUAAUUGUGGUGCUGAUCAAGCUUGUAGGAACUACCCUGGAACUUACGAAUGUUUCUGUACAAGCCCUGGAAAAUUUCUGAUCAGUGGCACGUGUGAAGGUAAGAAAUGAAUGGCCGCAUCUUCCAAUAGCCGUUGUUCUCUUAGUCAAGAAGGACAGUGAUCUGAGUGCGAUGGAUGGAUACAAUGGUUAUUUCUUAAAAGAAUACUUUUGUGUGGUUUGUAAGUGUGCGCAGGGGAGUAAUUCCUAGAGGCCUUGCCUUGGAGAACCAAAGCCCCUUGUUUAGAAAACUCCCUGAGGAACUAUCCAUACACCGAACACUGGCAGCACUCUAGUAUUUAUACAUGAACUUGUGGUUAGAGCUCUGUAGCUCAGCCGGUUAGAGCGCUGCAUCAUAAUCGCAAGACAGCACACACAGGUUCGAUUCCUGCCAGAGGGCCUAUGGUUGCAUUUUUCGCAACUAUUUCUGGUUAGGACUAAUAAAUAUAUAAAAAUUCUACUCGAAAUUUUCACCUACAAAUCCACCUCUACAGUAGUUCUAUCAAGUGAGAUGCCCAAAUCCUGAUGUUUACCCAAAAUCUUCAAAGCAUACCGAUAGUUACUAUUGGACAUGUGAUUUAUAACCAAUAUUUGUUUAGAUGUGUCAUCUGUCACCUUAACCAUCACAAUUUUGGAAAUGACAUUCGAAGCAGCUUUGGGAAGCAAUACUUCAGCAGAAUUCUACGCUUUUAAAACACGCCUUGAAGACCGGGUAAGAAAAAUAAUGUAUGAAAGCUUCUUGGAUCUGAUUGUAUUGAACACCAUUAGUGUGACCUCCCGAUAG